GCUGGGGCUGGGCGAACCGCUGGCUUACAGCCACCGGGGCCUCCAGCGGGGAAUCUUGGCGUGGUGGAGCCGCCGCUCGAGCUGCCGAGUCCUGCGAGCCGAGUGCGGUGCGGACCCGGGCCCAGCGGCGCGGGGCCGGUGCACCCAGAGGACGAUGGCAGCGUCCGCCCGACUCGGGGCGUUGAUGGCAACCUCGCACCGCAGGCGCUGGCUGUGCUCGGGGCUUGUGGCGGCGCUCUGGCUGUUGACAGCCAGAGUGUCAGCGUUGGAAGUAUAUACACCAAAAGAAAUCUAUGUGGCAAAUGGGACACAAGGGAAGCUCACAUGCACAUUCAAGUCCACCAAUGUGACUAGCCGCUUAACCACUGUUUCCUGGAGCUUCCAGCCAGAGGGGACUGACACCACUGUGUCGUUUUUCCACUACUCCCAAGGGCAAGUAUACUUUGGGAAUUAUCCACCAUUUAAGGACAGAAUCAGCUGGGCUGGAGACCUCGACAAGAAGGAUGCAUCAAUCAACAUAGAAAAUAUGCAGUUUAUACACAAUGGCACCUACAUCUGUGAUGUCAAAAACCCUCCUGACAUUGUUGUCCAGCCUGGCCAUAUUAGACUCUAUGUCGUGGAAAAAGAGAGUUUGCCAGUUUGGGUGGUGGUGGGUAUAGUUACUGCUGUGGUCCUAGGGCUCACUCUGCUCAUCAGCAUGAUUCUGGCGGUCCUCUAUAAAAGGAAAAACUGGAAACCGGAAUAUACUGGCUGCAGCACAUCAGAGAGUUUGUCAUCAGUUAAGCAGACUCCACGGAAGUCCCCCUCGGACACAGAGCAUCUAGUAAAGAGUCUGCCUUCAGGAUCUCACCAGGGGCCAGUUAUAUACGCACAGUUAGACCACUCUGGUGGACAUCACAGUGACAAGAUUAACAAGUCAGAGUCUGUGGUGUAUGCGGACAUCCGGAAAAAUUGAGAAAAGACCAAGAACAUAUCCUAAGCAAGAAACAAAUCCAAACUGGACUCUUUUUCCAGAAAGUGUAACCCAUAGCCAUAUGUGGUCUUGAGGACCCAGGCACGGACAAGCAUGUGUAUACUCAGAGAGGGAGAAAACAAAUGUGUAUGAAGACUAUGUAUAAAUAUUCUGUUUAAUCUUCCUGAUGUGAGAAGCCAGUGUUGCAUGAUGAAAAGAUUCUGUUCAUAUAUAAUUUGUCUUACUGUUUUUGUACAUUCUUUGGGACAAUUUACAAUUCUGAAAUUUCAGAAACAUUCCUAUUAUCAUCAUGUGGAUGUGGUUUGCCUUAAAUGGAGACAGCAGACCUUGUAGUAUUUCCUAGACAUGGCCUUUUUGUCUAAGGGCUCAAACAGUCUUAGCAUUUAUUGUAGUUGGAAGAUGCGAUACUCUGAUGGAAGCAGAUCCAGGGUGGCCUUUGGACACUGUAUCAGAAAUAAAUAGUUGGUGGUAUCUUUAGACAGCACCCCUUAACUAUGCCACUUGAAGCCAGUUUGGGAAGCUUUGAUUAAUGUUUUUCUACAACAAGGAACAGUUUUUAUCUUUUAAUAUUGCGUAGGUUUACUUUGACAUCAUACCCUUUAAGAAUAUAUUCAACAUGUUGAUUCAUAAUGGCAGGAGCAACAAAGGAUAAAGGUUAGAAAUCAUGUCCUUUUGGGUACUUUAAGCCAACCAUAGAGACAAAGUAGAAAAUCCAGACUUUGCUUGAGGGGUAUUGUGACCUCUGGAGGCAAAGGUGUCAGUUACCUUUUUUGCUGACAUUGUUCCUGCUUAAAGUCAGAGUCUUCACCCAGAAGAAGCUGAAAAGAGUUCCUCCUUCCAAGUGUGCAGAGAUGGGGUUGCUGGAUUGCAUUCACUAGAGAAAUGGUCUUGUAAAGCCUCCUUCAUGCCUUUAGCAAGAAAAAGCCUCAGGCAGUUAGGCAUGUGGCUUUUCUUGUAGCUUCACAAUAUCAAAAAGAAAGACCUUUGGGCUAAAAGGAGUCAAGAAUUUUAAAACUGAAGUAGGGCUAGUUCUGCUACUUGGCAAUCUCUUUUAUGUCCCUGUUGUGGGUUUGUUUUAUUUUUCUCCUGUUACUUGGAAUUGAUUAACAACGAAACAAGAGAAAAGGUAAUUUGUUCUCUCCUAAAUUCAUUUUCUCUCCUCCACUACUCCCUCCCCUACUUCAGAUGAAAGAGGUUUUAUAUUUAAUUGGUAAUUAGGAGCAUGGUCAGGGUCAUUAAGCAGUUUAUUUAUAUUGUCAUCCUCCCAUUUGUUU